UUUCAAGCUUAUGGGUCGAGGAGUCAAGUUUUUUAAACCAGUAUUCGUACCAGAUUAUAAUGGCCGAUGAUUUACAAAACUAUAAAUUGCAGCUUCAACAGGUUGAAGCUGUUUUACUCACGGAUCCGGAAAAUUCGGAGUUACUAAAGCUCAAACAGGACUUGGAAGAAGUCAUUGACCUAACGAAGGAUCUGAUUCGCGCCCAGCAGGAAGCUGAACAGAAAAAGAGUGCAUACGUAGAGCCGGCCAGCACGAGCUAUUUUGAUGCAUUUUCUGCCGCAGAUAAGAAACCCUCUAAACCUCUCGUUAUAUGGAAAGUUGGCGACAAGUGCUCCGCCAAGUGGAUCGAAGAUGGGCAAUAUUACGAUGCUACCAUCGAAGCAAUUACAGAUAAUGGGGAAGUCAGUGUUGUAUUCGAUGCUUAUCAGAAUCGGAGUACGACUGUUAUAGCGGAACUAAAGGAAAGGAAGAUCCGUAACGAAGUAUUCCCUUCAAAUAGUAACAAGCGAAUGCGACCGAACCAGAAAGAAUAUCUUAAGAAGAAAAAACAAAAGAAGCAACAGCGUUUCAAGGAACUUGAAGAGGAACGAGAAUCGGAGAAAAACAAAUGGCUUCAAUUUGCAGCGAAGAACACCAAAAAGACUGGUGUAAAGUGUAAAAGCAUAUUCGCCUCGCCGGAAAAUGUAAAUGGGCGGGUCGGAAUCGGCACCUGUGGCGUUUCGGGCAAACCGAUGACCGAGUUCACCCACGGGGAAAAGUAUCGCAAAGGGGUGUAG